ACUUGUCUCCCUCCCCAUCUCUGUAGUAGGUAUGUAGUGCUGAAAGCGAGUCGUCCAUGCGUUGUCGAAGAUGUGACUUUGCCCUCAACUUGUGUUGUUUUAGACGUUGCGAAACGCUACCGUGAACCCUCUCAAACAUCCAUCUCAUGCGUUCAUGAGUCAGAAGAGCAAAAUGGUGCCUCCUUUAUCCGUGAAAGAGCUUCUGGUGUUCCUCUCCAAAUUCUCAGAAUGGAGUCUGGAGCGUCGCCAUGGAAAGUACAAGCUCGAAUUCAAAGUGGGGACCAGGGACAAAUAUGGAACCAGAUCUCGGACCUCCAAGCCCAAACACCGUCAAGUGGGCCGGUCAAGGGUGAGGAUUGAUGAAAAGAUCCUUAACGCCUUGGUGAAGGAGAGUCAAGACAAGCCCCCAGCACAUACUAUAUUUGUACCUCCGUGUUGUCCUGCCACGCCCACAUUGGCAAUUCCCAAUCAUAUGAUGCGACAGCGGCACAGCUCCUUUGGAACCGUUGAUUCUUGCGAUGGAGAGUCCUUACAGUGGGAUGAUUAUGAUGUGGAAAAGGAAAAGAACCUUAAUCCGUUUCACAUUGAGCGACAAGCCUCUUUGGAUAAUGUUUCCAUUGCUGAAUCAGACGUUUCGGACGUGUCUACCUUGGGAUCCGCGAGCCCGAAUAAGGAAGGCAGUCCGGAUAAUAUGCGGGAAGGAAGACUGCUUCUGAGGGAAAUGAAGGAAUUGAGAAGAGAGAUAAAAAAAAUGGGGGAUGCUUCGACAAUCGCUAUGCCCACUAAAAGAGAGCUUCUCUUGACAGGAUGUCCUAUUACGUCGGAACUGAUUACGGACAAAGAAAAUAGCCCGACCAGUCAAGAGAUUCAAGAGCUACUCAAAAACAUGGACAAAGACGACUCCAAAAUGUGGGACUCUGGAUAUCUAGAAGGCUCCAUUCCAAGUCCCACCGAAAGUAUUCCAUCUUUGGAGGAACAGCACAGCGAAAUACAAAGUCACAAUCGUUUGGAAACAAACGAAAAACGUGACAUUGACAUUGUGACAAAUCAAAGACAAACGAAUCUAGUUGACCCACGUAAUGAACAAGACAAAAGCUCUCAGGAUGAGGGUAAUUGUGACACCGGCAAAAAGAUUGAUGCCAGCCAGCAUGACCGUGCUGAAAGCUGGACCCAGGACCACGACAAUGACGAAGAUGAAGAUGAAGACGAUGGCAAUCAGGGACCGUUUCUAAUAGGACAACUCAACCUCUUGACCGCUGACGAAAGUGACGGUGAAGAAGGGCACAGUGACGAACUCAUUAGCAAUGACGAAUAUGAUCAGUCCAAAGUCGUUCAGGACAUUGUGCAUGAAAAGUAUGCCAAUAUUAGAAAAGCGCUCCUGGAGUUUGCCCAACCCAAAACGGCCGUCAUCCAGCAUAACAAAGUGACGACAACGACAAGUUCGGCCGAGAAGUCAUGCCAAGCGACGUCCUUGAAACAACAAAAGGAACAAAGACAAAUUCCAAACGAUGAUCUCCCUCAGAUUACUGAGGACAAAGUGACGAGUGAAGAUCAAGGAGUGAUAAAGAAGCUCUCCAAGAAUCAAAAGAAGAAGCUCAAAAAGCGACAAAAAGCGCAGAGUGAUGCUCAAUCCCAAUCCCACAAAUCCUCUCGAGCGCCCAAGGCAAUUCGACAAAUCGAGCCAGUUCUAGUUCCACCUCAACGCGACCUGUCCUCGUUACUGAAUUCAACCCCAUUCUUGGGCUCUAUUGAGUCCGACAAUAGUGUGGAUCAAUUAAUUGCUAAUGUUUUGAGUAACUUGGAAGGAGGGGCUCUCAGUGAAAGCGAUUUCGAGGCUCAGUUAUUGAGGAAAAUUGUUCUGAACACAAGCCGAGACACAUCCUUUCAUCGCCUUCGACAGCUCAUUUACCGUGAUCUGUUUGAAUGGGAGGUGGGAUUUUGUGAGAACGAACAGAGGUUCAUCGAGGUCAUGGGCAGAAAAAUCGAGGCCAAUCAGGCUUGCCUGGGAAAAUACCUGCCUCAAGUUCAAUCAUGGAUCGAAAAGAACUCCCAAGAAAGCAACAAAUUAAAUGGAACAAUACUGGCCACGUGAUCGAAUAUGGAUAAUGUCAGCUGCAAAUGGAAUAAGGUCUGCAGAAAUAUGCUCCCAACGGACAGUGUUGGAUCUAGGCAGAAGUUCAUGCAGAAGCUAAUUUGGAACGAAAGCAUGCAAAACAUACAAAUAUUCCCCUAAAUUAAGCAACCUUUUGAGAACCCUCUUGUAACAACAGAGAUUGCAUUAUUAGUAAUGGAAACAAUGUGAGAGAAACAAGCUGGUUUGGUCGCACUUGAGACUACCAGAGUCCAAAUUGAAAACAACAUAUAUUUUUGCUCUCUAAACUUUUGGCAACAUUUUUGUUUACAAGUCCGCCUUGGAAAUCAAGGUUGUCGGCAAUAAAAACACGGAUUCCAAUUUCUAA